UGCGCCGGCGCCGGCAUCCGGCCAACGACAGCUGCGCGCAGUCCGUCUCGCCGCGGCGCCCUCUCCGUGUCGCCGCCUGCUCCGCGGGCCGCCACACCUUGGUUCGCGCCGUACAGCCAGCCGACACACCCAGCGGCGACGAUGCGGUGGGGGCUGGUGGUGGCGCUGGUGGCGUGGUUGGCGGCGGCGGCGUGCCGGGCGCAGGCGUCGUUCCGCGACUACCGCGCGCUCAGCAGCAACUUCACGCGCCUGCUCGACACGCUGCUCGACAAGGAGCGCUACGACAAGCGGCUGCGGCCGGACCUCGGAGGACCUCCACUGAGCGUCACAGUCAACAUCCUCAUCAAAAGCAUGAGUGAAGUCUCUGAGGGAGAUCAGCACUACACGCUGGACUGCUACUUCCGGCAGACGUGGACGGACCGCCGGCUCACGUUCGACUUCCCGGGCCUGGACGAGUUCUCGCUGUCGUGGCUGUUCCUGGACCGCGUCUGGAAGCCGGACACGUUCUUCCUCAACGGCAAGAAGUCGCACCUGCACCGUAUCAGCGUGCCCAACAAGUUCCUCCGGCUCCGCCACGACGGCCUCCUCACCUACUCCAUGAGGCUGACAAUCCAGGCUCGAUGUCCCAUGCAUCUUCGCAAGUUCCCACUGGACUCGCAAGCUUGCCCGUUGGUCAUUGGAAGCUACGGCUACCGGUCGUCGGACGUGGUGUACCGCUGGCUGGGCGGCAGCUCCAGCGUCGUGGCGGAGGGCGUCGAGCUGGCCCAGUACGACCUGGUGCGCGUCACCACCAAGGAGAACAUCAGCGUCUUCUUCGGCGAAGACGAGUACUCGGUGCUGCGGUGCGUGUUCAGCAUGAAGCGGCGCACGGGCUACUACAUGCUGCAGGUGUUCCUGCCCUGCGGACUCAUCGUGUGCUGCUCCUGGGUCGCCUUCUGGAUAGACCCGGACGACGUGCCCGGCCGCGUCGCUAUGGGUGUGAUGACGGUGCUGUCGAUGGCCAACAUGGGUUUCGGAGGUCGCGCGCAGAUGCCGCGCGUCUCGUACGCCACGGCGCUGGACUACUUCGUCAUCCUGUGCUUCUCCUUCGUCUUCGCCGUCGUCAUAGAGUACGCCGCUAUCAACUUCAUCGACAAGACGCAGCUAGACGCCACUCGCAGCCAGAAGAUGAAGAAGCCCAAGACCACUGCAGCACCUGAAGGACCUCCGCCAGUGCCUGCUCUCGUUGUCGAGUUGGCAAACGAGGGAACACAGAAGGCCGAAUCCGCGGGCGAGGACAGCGGCCUGGAGACGGACGAGAUGCCCGCACGCAUGCAGCGCUCCGCCAGCCUCACACACGCGCCCAGGGACUCCUCCGUUGACGCACCAGGCGGGUCGCUGAAGGCGCCAUCGGCUGCUGGUUUGCGGAGACGCAGUGAGGCGGCGCUGCUGUCGGUGCCCGGUCUGGCGCCAGUGCGCAGGCGCAGUGUGGCGGCGAUGGCAUCGCUGCGUGGCUCCAUCAUGGACCUGCGGAGGGCCGCCAGCUCGCUGCGGCGCGAAAAGGGCGACAAGUUCUCGCGCAUCGACAUGGCCGCGCGGAAGGCCUUCCCUGUCGCCUUCACCUCCCUGCUCGGCCUCUACUGGCUGCUCUACAUGUACUACGUCACCGACGAGCUGCCUCUCAAAGCUGCCGCCAGCCUGCUCAUGGGAACACCCGUAGCUGCCAACUAAUGUCGCCACUCAUCACCUGAUCAACUACAUUCAGCACAUCUCGUACUGGCGUCUGCUGGCAGGAGGUGUCUUCCCCGAGUAUGUGACCACACGAUGUAGUUCUGCAGCGAUGAAGUCGACAAAUCCCACUCAGAAUGUUCGCCACUCGUGUGAUGACACUCGUGGAGAAUCUGAGUAGAAAAACAGUGCCAGUUUCGGCAGAAAACAAACCGUAUCACUCUGCGCUCCCUGGUAGCACCAGAAGACCACUAGUUACUGGUGGCUCCACUCUGUUACCUGACUCCAGUUUUAAUUCACUUGUUCUUACACCUGCCUUAUUUUUGGGGAAGGAGAAGGGUUGAGUCCCAGAAAUUCUGUAUUUUCUACUAUUUUUGCAUAUUUAUACAUUUAUGUAAACAAGUGUCCUCUGAAACUUUCUGGCAGAUUAAAACUGUGUUCCAGACUGGGUCUCGAAGUUGGUACCUUGGCCGUUUGUGGGCAAGUGCUCUACCGACUGACCUAUCGAAACAAAAUUCACAAACUUGCCCCCACAGCUUUACUUCUAUCGGUAGCUCGUCUCCCACCUUCCAGACUCCACAGAAGUUCUCCUGCACGUCUUGUGGGACUAGCUCUCCUGGAAGAAAGUCUAUUGUGGAGAUGCAGCAUACUCACAGCUUUGAGGUUGUUUCCCACAAGGUAUAUAGGAGAAUUUGUGUAAAGUUUGGAAGGAAGGGGAUGAGCCACUGACAGAUGCAAAGCUGCGAGGACAGGUUCGUGAGUCAUGCUUGGAUUGCUUAAUUAGUGAGCACUUGCAAAGGUCCCAGCUUCGACUUCUAGUCCGGCAUACAGUUUUAAUUUGCCAUGAAAUUUCAAAUCAGCACGCACUCUGCUGUAGAGUGAAAAUUCAUUCUGGAGUGUUUUCUGCUUAUGUAUCAGUGGCAGUGACAGCAGUUUUUGCCAUCUUUGGAUUUAACAGUUACCUUUGCCAACUCCAUUUUUAAUGUUAAUGACAGGCUCAAGCUAAAGGGAUGAAAAUGUCACUAUUCUUACAUUUUACAAUUAUUGUGUGCAAAUAGCAGUUACUCUCUAUAAAUAGGUUUGAGUUCUGAGAAAGAUAUGUUUUACUAAGUUUGCAAUUUGUAGUUACUAUAUGUCAGGCAUACAAGUGCCUCGCUCCUCGUGUCCAAGCUAGAGGACCAUACAUGUUACUUCGUUUCACUUCACACAUUUUUAUUCCUUGAAAGCCUUCUUUUUUGAAAAAGCGUUUUAGCUGCAGAAAUAUCACAACAGUGCUUCCAAUGUAUGGCUUUAAGCUUUAGAGAUGUAUUUCCUUUUUUCAGUCACUGGCUCUACAACUUCACUAAUAUAUGUAACAUUAUUCAGUUACCUCAAUGAUUAUACUACACAAGGGUUCUUUCUGUAAUACGAAUUCAAUAUAAAAGUUGAAUUCCUCACAGUUCUUAAAUCUACUAGAUAUGAAGUGAAUAUGUUUUGCAUAGCUAAAAAAGGAACAGAAAUAGUGUAAUAUAUGAUUUUAUCAUUAUGUAUUAAUAUAUUUUUGUGCAACAACAAAUAUAGAUAACAGAAUAUAUAUAGUAUCAUACUUGGAAUAUAGGUCUAUUUUAAUAUUUAUUUGUAAUGUAACAAGUGCUGACAUUUUAAUUCAUAUGAUAUCACUUGUAUAAUUCCCCCUUUGUUAAUAUGUGUAUAUUCAAGACGACUCGUCCAUCAAAGAAAUGUAUGAAUUUAUCUUCAUUUGGAAGGCUGCAUUACUCAUAUAUCUUACAGUAUCCGUUUUACGUUCCUGUUUUUGCAUGUGAUCAACAAAGCACAGUGUUGGGUUUUCGCUAUCAUCAGCAAAGACAAGAAUCCCCAAUUAUUCAAAUGCAGCAACAUAGUUCGACUGCAUAAUAUUUCACUCUCGUACAAUGAAGACAAUAUGCUCAUUUGCAGGAGAAGACCUGUGCAUACAAAAGAGAGACUUAUGCUUAACAUAAGCAGAAAGAAAAAGAAACCUUGCCGUAUGAAAAUACACCUCUGUUAAAAGGUGCUCUAUUCUUAUUCAAACAUUUGAAUGUAAUGCUCACCAUAGUAAAGGUUUACAAAGAAUCACAGGGAAA